GACCUCUGGGGUGAAGAAACUGCGACUGGGAGCGGGAGUCAGGCGUGCGGCAUUCGCCAUGCUCCGCUCACGCGUGGGAGACUGGCCUGUGGGGUACCGGCCCGGAAAGCACCCAGCCUCCAAAGCCGCCUUCCUCAGGAAAAUUUCCGUGACCUUACUGCCCUCCGUCUACAGGCCUUGUACCUCUCCAGGCCGAUUUUUCCAAAAUUUAAAUCCCAGUCCACCUGGUAUCCAGCUGCAGCAACUUAGAGCGUUUCACGUCACGCCGGGCGCCAGGCGUCGGCUUGUAUAACCUGAAAACGCUCCUGUUUUUUCUCAUCUGUGUAGUGGAGAAGGAGAAGUUGUCCAUUUCAUCUCAGUUGUCAAGUAAAUACAGGAACAAAGGUUUUGAUUCCCACCAUGGCCAUCACCCAGUUUCGGUUAUUUAAAUUUUGUACCUGCCUAGCAACAGUAUUCUCAUUCCUAAAGAGAUUAAUAUGCAGAUCUGGCAGAGGACGGAAAUUAAGUGGAGAUCAAAUAACUUUGCCAACUACAGUUGAUUAUUCAUCAGUUCCUAAGCAGACAGAUGUUGAAGAGUGGACUUCCUGGGAUGAAGAUGCACCCACCAGUGUAAAGAUCGAAGGAGGGAAUGGGAGUGUGGCAACACAACAAAAUUCUUUGGAACAACUGGAACCUGACUAUUUUAAGGACAUGACACCAACUAUUAGGAAAACUCAGAAAAUUGUUAUUAAGAAGAGAGAACCAUUGAAUUUUGGCAUCCCAGAUGGGAGCACAGGUUUUUCUAGUAGAUUAGCAGCUACACAAGAUCUGCCUUUUAUUCAUCAGUCUUCUGAAUUAGGUGACUUAGAUACCUGGCAAGAAAAUACCAAUGCAUGGGAAGAAGAAGAAGAUGCAGCCUGGCAAGCAGAAGAAGUUCUGAGACAGCAGAAACUAGCAGACAGAGAAAAGAGAGCAGCCGAACAACAAAGGAAGAAAAUGGAAAAGGAAGCACAACGGCUAAUGAAGAAGGAACAAAAUAAAAUUGGUGUGAAACUUUCAUAACACAUGUUCUUCACAUUUUAUCAUGCCAGUAGGAGAAAUCUCAGCUCCACAACUCUAGCAACAUUUGUAUGGAUUUAAGAGUAUUUUAAGAAUACACACUGCUUGAUUUUAAUACAUUGAUCAAGCCAUCCAGGACACUAGGAUUCUCCCAAAGUACCUUGAACUCUUAGUGAUUGAGACUCAAAAAAACAAAAAAGACUUGAGACAAUGUUUUCUUCAGCGUGCUCCAAAUAUAAGACAUUUGUUUGCUGUACAGAAAGUAUCACAAAUGGAAUAUAUCAGUACCUCUCAAGCUAGUGUUUCUAGCUAAAUAAAUGGGUGUAUAUAAUUUUAUGGUGGAAAAGGUCUGUUAUGAUUUCCUUCAAUGUGCAUAAUGAUAAAAUAAAUAAUUUUAAUAUUCUUUUGUUUCCAUGGUGAAUUGUAGGGCUUUAGCUUUCUUAUUUUUGUCAAAAGUUGGUGUUGACAUACAUUCUCUCUAAUUUGAACUGGUAUUGUUUACAUUUGAUACAACAUUAAGGAAUUUGAUGAUUUUCAUUUCAUGAAAAUGCCAUUAAAUGCAAUAAUUUUAUUUAUCAUAAACAUUUUGUACAUCAUUGUUUUCUUUUGGAUUGGUGUUGUAAUGUCAUACAUGUAAUUUAUACCGCAUGUAUAAGCAUUGAAAAUCAACUAAAAUGACAUUUGUUUUACAUUAUAACUUGUGAGUUUUAAGAACUAGUAUUAGUAGUUUUUUCCUCUCACUAUAGAUUUUAAGAUGUUGUGGUAUCUUUGAGUGCCUUAGUUCUUCCUCCAUCCCAAAAGCCAUUAAUUUACAAAUGCAUAAAGCCAUCAGGUCAAAUAUUUGAAAGCUUGUAGAUGAUUUCUGUAUUAGCUUUAGAUGCCCGACAUUAUGUAGGUUACCUGUGUUAUUGGCUAGGAUAACAUUAUUGAUUCAUUAAAUCAUAAAGGUAGGAAUAAUAAUCUUUUAUUUAUGGUGUUGAUUGGCUCCAAAAUAGUCUUAAGGAUAUAGUUAAAUACUGUGUUUAUAGGGGAAAAGUAGACUUGAUAUUUUAAAAUCCAAUUAACCUUUUCAUCACAACUGAAAUGCAUCCAGCUUGAUUUUCCUAUCAUUUUAGAAUUUUUAAAGAUUUUUACUAAGUUACUGCCUAGAAUCAACACUAUGUGAGAUUUUAAAAUGUCAUAGAUACUCUACAGGCCAAACCUUGCUAAUUUAUUUUACUUAAAGUGAUAUUUUAUAGAAAAAUCAUAAGUUAUACAAUGAGAGCCCUUUAAGCCCUUAGCCUAAGAUUCCAGACUAAAUGUGAUUAUAGAAUAAGAUGAAAUUUAACUUUGAUACAGAGUUUGUUAUAGCCCCAAAUUAUAUUUCCAGUUAUUAUAUUCAUUAGAAUUUCUGCUAAUAAACUCCCAACUUAAAUAGAA